CACGAGAAAGAAUUUUCUUCGCAAUCAAGCGCACAACGAUCGUCAUGUCAACUCUCAACAACAAGAACGCGCAUCCUGGCAUCCUAUAUAACCUUACGCUACCAGCUUACCAUACAUGAGUUCUCACUCUGCUCGAGCUCGACGUGACAACGAGCGAACUACGCCAUCAACGUACGUCGUCGUCAUGGCCGAGCUGCCCCCCGGGUUCCGCUUCUUCCCGACGGAGGAGGAGUUGGUCUGCUUCUACCUCCGGAACAAGCUCGACGGCAUCCGCCACGGCGACAUCGAGCGCGUCAUCCCCGUCGCCGACGUCUGCGCCCUUGAUCCAUGGCAGCUCCCAGAGGUACACCGUGGCGCGUGCGCCGGCGAGGAGCCAUGGUUCUACUUCUGCCCGCGGCAGGAGCGCGAGGCGCGGGGCGGGCGGCCCAGCCGGACCACGCCGUCGGGGUACUGGAAGGCGGCGGGCACCCCGGGGUGGGUCUACGCCGCCAACGGCCAACCCAUCGGGACCAAGAAAACCAUGGUGUUCUACCGCGGCCGCGCGCCGGCCGGGGCCAAGACCAAGUGGAAGAUGAACGAGUACAAGGCUCUCGAGGACGCAGACGCCGCCGCUCUUGCCGCUGAUCCGGCACCGAGCUAUGCUCUCCAGACGAGAAGCGAGUUCAGCCUGUGCCGGUUGUACACCAGGUCCGGGUGCCCGCGGCAGUUCGACCGCCGGCCGAGCACCGCAGCCGCGGCCGGCGGUGGCAGCAUGAACCAGGCGGCAUCGUCCGCGACGGCUACGAUGGCGAACAGGGAGGAAACGGGUCAGAAGAGGAAAAGGUCUGCACUGAACGACGACACAUCGUGCAGCGACGGCGGCGGCGACCGCUCUGGGCAGCAGCAACUGACACAGAGAGGCAACGAUGAGGAGCUCGUCGACGACAUAGCCGACUGGACGGAGUUCUUGGACUGGCUUUGAUACUGGAAAUUAAUUAAUUUCCAUGGUCGAUCUUGCUGAGAUAAAUGCUAGAGUUCUUUACGGUUUCUUGGUGUUUUUUUUUUUCCGAGAACACGAUUAUUGGAAUUCUUUUCCCUACUGCUACAGUAUAGAUUUUGAACUGUAGGUAAUUUUAGGAGAUACCUUGACGUGGAUUCACCCCUGUAACCUAAAGCGUUCAAGCACAGGUACUGCAGUUGGUCAUACGUGUGGAUUUACGCCGAGACCAUCUAAAUUUGAGUCA